CAAUGGAACCAAAACGGCGCCGUCAUGGACGUUAACGAAACCGUAUGGGGCCAUGCAACGUCAACGGAUCUAAUCAACUGGAUCACACUUUCUCCAGCAAUCAAACCAUCUCGACCGUCCGAUAUCAACGGAUGCUGGUCUGGCUCCGCCACGAUUCUCACUAAUGGCAAACCCGUAAUUCUUUACACUGGCAACGACCGUUAUAACCGUCAGGUUCAAAACCUAGCUAAACCUAAAAACCUCACCGAUCCAUAUCUCCGUCACUGGACCAAAUCGCCGGAAAAUCCCCUUGUGACACCUAACGCCGCCAACCACAUCAACUCCACCGCGUUUCGUGAUCCAACCACCGCGUGGCUAGGCCGUGACAAGCGUUGGCGCAUAACCACUGGAAGCCAAGAAGGUCGCCGUGGAUUAGCGAUUCUACACACGAGCCGCGAUUUCGUACGAUGGAAGCAAUCUCCGAAGCCUCUUCAUUACCACGACGGUACCGGAAUAUGGGAGUGCCCUGAUUUUUUCCCGGUGUCGAGAACUGAUUCACGCGGCCUCGAUACGUCGUCGUCUGCUGGGCCGAUGAUUAAACACGUGCUUAAAGUGAGCUUAACAGAUACUUUUCGUGAUUACUACACGAUUGGUACGUACGAUGAAGUGAGAGAUGUCUACGUACCCGACAAGGGUUUUGUUCAGGACGAAACGGCUCCGAGAUACGAUUACGGCAAAUUUUACGCGUCAAAGACAUUUUACGACUCUGUUAAUCAACGGAGGAUUUUGUGGGGUUGGGUUAACGAGUCAUCGCCGGAGAAGGAUAACAUCAAGAAGGGUUGGGCUGGUUUGCAGGCUAUUCCUAGGGAAGUAUGGCUUGAUGAAUCAGGAAAGAGAUUGGUGCAAUGGCCGGUUAAGGAAAUAGAGAGGUUACGUACAACGCAAGUCAAGUGGGGAAACAAAGUUUUAAAAGGAGGAGGAUCGGUCAUAGAGGUUCAUGGAGUCACAGCUUCACAAGCAGACGUGGAGGUUUUCUUUAAAGUGAGUGGUUUAGACUUAGAGAAAGCAGAUGUGAUUGAACCGGGCUGGACCGAUCCGCAAUUGAUUUGCAGUGAGAAGAAUGCAUCGUUUGUUAAUUCCGGUUUAGGUCCAUUCGGUUUAAUGGUUCUUGCUUCCAAGAACAUGGAAGAGUAUACAUUGAUCAAUUUCAGAAUCUUUAGAGAUCGUGGGAAUAAUAAGGAGCACGUAGUGGUCAUGUGCAGUGACCAAAGCAGAUCAAGUUUAGAGAAAGGGAAUGAUAAAACAACAUAUGGUGCUUUUGUGGAUAUCUCUCCUUAUCAACCAAUCUCUCUCAGGACUUUGAUUGAUAAAUCAAUAGUGGAGAGCUUUGGUGGAAAAGGGAAAACAUGUAUUACCUCAAGAGUUUAUCCAAAAUUGGCAACAGGAGAAAGAACACAUCUCUUUGCUUUUAACAAGGGAUCUCAAAAUGUUGAUAUCUUAAGCCUAAGUGCUUGGAGCAUGAAGUCUUCUCUUUAAAAUCAGUUCUUGAGAUAUAAGUAUUGAGAGAGAUUCUUGAAACUCUUGGUCAUGUAUCUGUAAUAAAUAAAUUAGAGAAAA